GUUCACUAGAUACAGAAUGAUUCGUCUCCUGAGCCUGGUCACAUUUCUGACGGUGGUCACCAUUGGUACCUCACAGGAAUUGUUCUGCUCGUCGCUCUCAGAGUUCUUCAUUCCGGACAUUAAGGCCAACUGGUACGGUGCGGUCGAGUACUGCCAGCGGAUCGGAAUGCGCCUGGUCGUGGUGGACUCGGAGGCGAAGCACACCGAAAUCGUUCGGCUUGGUAUCGACACUGGGACAAUAGGGGACAGCUUGUGGAUCGGAGCAAACGAUUUGGCCCUGGAGGGCCGGGUUAUCUGGCACGCCACUGGCAGGUGGGUCACCUUUUCCAAGUGGAAGGCAGGCGAACCGAAUAAUCUGCGCGAACGGGAACACUGCGUACACAUGUGGUAUGAUCCGUCGAGAAAAAUCUUGGGUGAAUGGAACGAUGCGCUGUGCACCAAUUCCUAUUAUUUCGUGUGUGAAAACGUUCCGAUAUAAAUGGCAAUAAAGAGUUGAUUGUUGAUUUUAGCUACUAUUUCGAAGCCGUGUCCUCCAUUCCCG